CACAUCGAUAUUGUUCCCCCUCUAUACAGACAGCUGGAUGAGAAUAGCCGUGUGAUUUUCCGGAUCAUAUCAACACAAAGUAUUGCUUUGUUUUAUGGAAAUGCAGCUAACCCAGCAGCUGGAAUUGUUUCCCGACAGUGUCGUGACCCAGUGCCUGUUUAAGGAUGUUAAAAACGCGGCGGAGCUGCGGAAAGCGGCCAUUGGAGGGGAGAUCAGCUGCGCACUAAUAAACCCGUCAAUGGUGGUCGGUCCGUUUCAGGUUCAGAUUGCUGCAAAUAAAGCACUUCAUCUGCAAAGGGUUGGGAAAAUGAAGACAAGGAGUCUUUAUUCUGAAGUAAUAUUUAAUCUUUGUCCUACAAAUAACAUAUCAGAGGCUUUCAAAAAGUUUGGCACCUCCGACAGCGACAGUGCCGUUCUUAUUGCCCUGAUUCAUACGGAAGAGGACAGUCAUAACAUAGAUGCCAUUUGUGCCAAGGUGGAUGGUCAGCAGAUUCCAGUUGAGCAUCUUGCCACCAUCAGCGACAUCCCAAAAGUGAAAAAGGUGUAUAAGGUGACACCCGCAGAGGAGGCUUGUGGAAGCUUGCUGGAUGCUGUGGUCUGCAGAAUGGCAGUGAAGGAUGUCCUUUAGCUGCACACCAUCUUGGGAGAGGCGUUACGCAGUGAAGUGUGUUAUGCAGUAAAGUGUGUAAAAAGUACAGGGCGGCAAAUGGACAUUACUGAUGCUGUGGGACCUACCUGUGUUUCUGCUCAAACAUUAUGAUGGUACCUCUGCAAAACACGGUCAUCUGCCUUUCAUGCUGGAACCCACAGAUGUUCUCCUGGUAGGAAGUUUGAACUGCAAUUUGUUAAUCUGUAAUAUAUUUUGUGACACGUUCUUAACAAAAAAGGGGCAGCUUGCCAUUUUGGUAGAAUAAUACUUAAAAAAUUUAUGAGGGAAAACUGUCUUUUGUAAUAUGCUGUAAGGUAUAUGCACUUACGGGAGUUUAUUUUGAUGAAACUUGCAGUCCAUUGGGAUUCAUGGCAGAACUGUAACACAGACGAUCUGUGGUGAAGUGCAGGCUGUUCCUCUGGGACGGCUGCCAUCAAGCUCAUUGUUUAUAAGCGUAAACAGGCUGCAAAUUCAUUAGCAACAUACAAAUGUACCCUCAGUAUAAACAAAUGUGCAUCUGUUUAAAUGAUGUGUGAUAUAGUCAUUUACUAAACAAGCAAAGUGGUGCUUAUGGUGUCUUAAAUGGAGAUUAUGAAUAUGUGGAACAUCAGCUGCUUGAAACAUUUGUAUAAAACUGGAGGUUUCCUCUUUAA